AUAUCAUCCACAAUUUGUAGAUUGUUUGGUACGCUGACUAAAUUAUAUAUCUUCGGAUUAUAGUGCUUGAACUAAUUUAUACCGUCAACCAAACACGGUAUAACUUUAUUUCCAAACUCAAUUUUGAGGUACCAAAUAUCCCCUAAAUAUAUCAAGCAUUUGCAAUCUAGUUUCAUUUUUGUGUUAUGAGACUUUCUUUUAAGUAUUAGCUUAGUUCAAAGUAUUGUGGUUAUAGGUUCGACCGAGCCUAAUAGCUUAGGUUAAUAUUCUCUGUUCGUAUUUAAAAAAAUCUGUUGAUGUGUAUAAAUUAAAAAUCACAGCUCCGCCUCAGAGCAAAAAAGAUGCAGAUUGAGAAUUUAUAAACUAAAAAUCAUGCUCCGCCUCUAUGCAGUGGUGUUGGAUUACUCUGCCUAUUAAAUCUUAGGCAUAAUACAUAAAUAUAUCCUUCAAUUUAGUCUCAUUUUACAUUUAUGCCCUUCAACUUUGAGUGUACACAAAUACGCACUUAAACUUGUAUAAAGUUGAACAAAUAGACGCAUGAGUCCUACGUGUCACAAUACACGUAGGACACAAAAUUUCCAUGUAAGAUGCCAUGUUGACAUUUUGUGUCUAUUUAUUCAAUUUUAUGGAAGUUUAAGUGUCUACUUGUGCACACCCAAAGUUGAAGGACAUAAAUGUGAAAUGAGACUAAAUUAAAGGGUAUAUUUAUGUAUUAUGCCUAAAUCUUAGGCGGGAGGAAAUACAUGGAUGACUUCCUAAAUUUUGCUUACUAUUUUCAUUUAGUCACCUUAAUUAAGACUUAUACCUAUUAGAUACUCCACCGUCGCAUCUACCUUAGGCGAGUGGAAAAUUUGAAAAAACUUAUUUUUCCUUGCUUGAACAAAGGUACUAAUUUAUAAAGCAUCUUAUAUUUCAAAAAAAGAUUGUGUGGAGAACUUUUUUGGUGGUUGUUUUUGUGGUUUACGGAAGUAAUGGGAAACUUGGUCCAUAAAACCCCGAAGACUUUCGUCUUCAAUCCGUUUCAUCACAUAUCAUGCAUGCAAGUGGGGCGCUAGGUGUUCGCACGAUCAUGCCACACCCUACAGUUAUACAUAAUCAAAUGUUACAUCUUUGGGUGCAAUGUGGAAAAAAUUAUUCAAUCAACUCACUUAAAGGUCAUUUACAUGUAAUCUUCCAUUGCAAACAUGAAGACUUCGUAGUUUAUCUUGGCGAUGUCAUUACAGCCAACAACAUCCCUAUACAAAAUGCAAGUUUAUACUGGAAUCGAGCAAUCUCUCCGACCAGAGAAAGGGGAAUUCCAUGGGCUAGUGUGUUUGGAAACCAUGACGAUAUGCCAUUUGAGUGGCCAAUGGAUUGGUUUUCAUCCACCGGAAUUCCUCCUUUUCGUUGUCCAAUGAAUGCUUCCUAUCCUAGUGAGUCUGAAGGAGGCAUGGGUUGCAACUUUAAGGGCACUACGCGUUUGGAGCUGAUGACCAAUGAACUAGAGAUGAAUAAAUUAUCUUACUCGAAAUUCGGUCCUAAAGACUUAUGGCCUAGUGUUUCCAACUAUGUCCUUAAACUUUCAUCUACAGAUGACCCUGAAUCAGUCAUAGCAUACAUGUAUUUCUUAGAUUCUGGUGGUGGUUCAUACCCUGAGGUAAUAUCAAAUGCCCAAGCAGAAUGGUUCAACCGCACAUCUCAAGAGAUCAAUCCUAACUCAAGGGUACCGGAGAUAAUUUUUUGGCAUAUACCAAGCCAAGCUUAUAAGACGGUUGCUCCAAGGUUUUAUGCACACAGGAAGUGUAUUGGCUCAAUGUUUGUGGAGAAAGUCGCUUCUCAAGAAGCGGAAUUGGGGAUGAUGAAGCUUCUUGAAGUAAGGUCUUCUGUGAAGGCUGUGUUUGUAGGUCAUAAUCAUGGAUUAGAUUGGUGUUGUCCAUACAAGAAUUUGUGGUUAUGUUAUGCUAGACACACAGGUUAUGGAGGAUAUGGAAACUGGCCAAGGGGAGCUAGGAUUCUAGAGAUAACACAACAACCAUUUUCUUUGAAGUCAUGGGUUCACAUGGAAGAUGGUCAUGUGCAUAGUGAAGUCCUACUGAGCUCUACAAAAAGAGAAGAAUGAUCAACGGAGUUUUUCUCGGAGAUUAACUUGAAGCAAUGAAAUGUUGCUCGACUUU